AUUUAUCCUUCAUGAAAAAAAGAAAAACCCCAGAUAAUUAAGCUGAGGUUUGGGGGUUUUUCCUGCAAGUUUUGUUUCUGCUAGAGGCAGAGAAAAAACUCAAAAGUGAACAACAAUGGCGUUUCUACUACAAGUUUAUUCAAUCCCAUUCUCACGUACCUCCAUCCGCUCACACGCUUUAGCCUUUACAAUUUGUUCUCGUUCUUUUCUAUCUUCUUCUUCUUCUUCUUCCUCUUCUUUCUCUACUAUUCCAACUGCUACUACAAUCAAUAACUCAAAUAUCUUUAAAGUUUCAUCUCAAAUUUCACAAACAUCUCCUACAAGUGUGUCGCAAUCUGAUUCUCGAAUUCUUCUGGGUAUGUCUGAGCAAGAACUUCAACAACUUGCCCUCGAUUUUGGACAGCAAAGUUAUCGAGGGAAGCAGAUUUAUCAUCUUAUUUACAAGAGGAAAGUGAAAGAGAUUGAAGAAUUCACCCAAUUGCCACAGGUAUUGAGGAAUGAGAUGCAAGAAGCAGGGUGGAAGGUGGGUCGAUCUCCUGUGCAUCAUACUGUCACUGCUGCUGAUGGCACAAUCAAGCUACUUUUGAAGCUGGAAGAUAACAGGUUGGUUGAAACAGUUGGCAUACCAGUGAAAGAUGAUGAGAAGGGUUCAAUGCGUCUUACGGCUUGUGUUUCAUCACAGGUUGGUUGCCCAUUACGAUGCUCGUUUUGUGCUACUGGGAAGGGAGGUUUCUCAAGAAACCUUAAGAAACAUGAAAUUGUCGAACAGGUCUUGGCUAUAGAAGAUGUUUUUGGCCAUCGCGUCACAAAUGUUGUUUUCAUGGGAAUGGGUGAGCCAAUGCUCAACUUAAAAUCUGUUGUUGAAGCACAUCGAUGUUUGAAUAAGGACAUUGAAAUUGGGCAAAGAAUGAUCACUAUAUCGACUGUGGGAGUUCCUAAUACAAUCAAGAGAUUGGCUUCGUACAAACUUCAAUCCACGUUAGCCAUCAGCUUGCAUGCACCAAACCAGAAACUUAGAGAAAAGAUCGUGCCAAGUGCAAAAGCAUACCCCCUGGAAGCAUUGAUGCAAGAUUGCCGGGGUUACUUCCUUGAAACUAAUCGACGAGUGUCUUUUGAGUAUACUCUCUUAGCUGGUGUAAAUGACUCGGUCGAGCAAGCAAUAGAACUUGCCGACCUACUGCAUCAAUGGGGACGAGGUCAUCAUGUUAACCUCAUACCUUUCAAUCCGAUUGAAGGCUCUGAGUACAAACGGCCUCACCGAAAGGCGAUCCACGCGUUUUCCGCUGCUCUGGAGUCCCGCAACAUAACCACUAGUGUACGUCAGACUAGGGGUUUCGAUGCAAGCGCAGCUUGCGGACAGCUGAGGAACAAAUUCCAAAAGACACCUCUGCUUAGAGACAAAGAAAUCGAGCAAUCUGGAGAUGUUGCUUUUGCUUGUUGAUGAAUUACAUUACAUUCAUUAUUAAACUUCCGCUAUAGAAACGAAGGACACGAAAGGCCGUUUGCAACAGCCGAUGCCCUAUAAUGGUGCGCAUUUCGGGCUUCAGCUGCCCAUCUUGGCAAUUUUCGAUUGUGGAAUUGUUCCGAGGGCGAGUUCUAUAAAUGUUGUUGAUAUUAUUGAUCAUGAUAAAGUAAUCCUCAAUGGUGAAACCGAGCUCAAAGAUCUGCUACAGAUGGACUUACGGACCGUAACAUGAUCCCUUGAGAAAGCUAAGCUUGAAUUUUGAAGGUUGUGUACACUAUACACUUGUGUAAUAGUAAGCAUAGAAUGAACUAUCUAUAUUCUAAAUUACUUUGUAUACACAAUACAACUUGUAUUUUGGAGUGAAUUUGAGUAAAUUUAUGACAAGUUCAAAUUAA